AAGGCGAGGAGCGGGAUUUCUUUCCGUUUCGAGGUAGCUUCUCGUUGUCUGCAGCGGUUUUUUCUGUUUUUACAUAACGCCUACUAACAAACGUGUGGCCCACGUUGACUGUCGAGCGCCUACACGGCUCUCGGAAACAUAAACGACAGUCUGACGCUAGCUGAGAGUCAGUCAACAUGGGUCGGCGCUCGUCUGACAGCGAGGAUGACAGCCGGAGCAGGAGGAAGAGAAAACAGCGUCGCCGUUCAUCCUCCUCCUCCUCUUCUUCUUCCUCUUCGUCCUCAUCCUCCGGCAGCAGGGUGAGAAGCAGCCGGAGUCGGAGGUCCAGUCGACGGAGCCGGUCUCGCUCCAAGGACAAGAGGAGAAGGCGACGUUCCAGCAGCAGUUCUUCCCACAGUUCAUCUCGCAGGAGGAGGAGUCGAAGCGCGGACAGGGACAAAGGGAGGAGCCACCGUUCACACAGGUCACGCAGCCGGGACAGGAGGUCUCAUUCUCGCCACCGCCGGUCUCGCAGCACGAGCGGCGGCCGAAACCGACGGGGAAGCCACAGCCGCAAAAGGACGCGCAGCAGAGACCGAGACCGGAGUCGACGCAAGGGCCGCGACCGGGACAGGGACAAAGAAAAGGAGAGGGACAAAGGAAGAGACCGGGACAGGGACAGGGACAGAGAGAAGGACAAGAGUAAAGACAAGGCGGACAGGAAGGGGGACGCCGCGAACAUCAAAGCCAGAUUAGAACAUCUGACUCCCGCAGAGCAAGCUAAAGUUCGAAUGCAGUUGGUCCUGCAGGCUGCAGCUAAGACAGAUGAGGCGCUAAAAGCCAAAGUAGCCAAGAGAGAGGAGGAGGCCCGGAAGAAACUAGAAGACGAGGGAACUUCUCUGGAGGAGCAAGUGCGAAGGAUAAAGGACAUCGAGGCAAUCGAGAGCGAUUCCUUUGUUCCUCAGGCUUUCAAAUCAUCCAGGGAUGAUAUAAAGCUUGAGCCAGUUGAGGUGAAGCUGGAGUCCGAGAGGGCGCGUUCUCCAGACAUCACUUUCCCCAUGUCUAUAGUCUACAAUGACACUGACACUCUGGCUCAUCCCAGCCUGUUCAUGGACAAGGAGAAAGCUGAGGAGCUGUGGCUAAAAAGACUGACCUCACUGCGACAGGAGAGGCUGAUGGGAAGUCCUGUGACCUGAAGAAGACCCCGGGAUAGUUUCAGUCCACGUCUACGUCUCGUUCAGUCCUGUUUGCUUUUAUCACGUCUUAGUCGUUUUCUGUCUGUCUUGUUUUAGGACAUUACAACAUUUCUUAUCAACCUUCCACUAUUUUCUCUUAUCUUUUAUGCAGGCUUGUGUAAAUGAACAGUUUUGGGUCCUGAUGUGCUUAUUUUUUUAAUUGAACUGUGUGAUGUCCUUUAUUUGGCUUCAUUUAGUCUUUAACAAGUAGAAAUGUUAGUCGGGUAAGGUGAUCUGUUACCAUGUAAAUGUAGUAUUUGAUUUAUUUUGUAAUGAGUUCAUUAAAUAAAGAUUGAUAUGAUUAUGUAUA